AUGCUAAAUUUACUGCAGAAUAGCACAGAAACUACAGCAGAUUUGCAACUUACUGCCCUAGAACAGUUGUGCUUAUUGAUUUUGCAGACAGAAAGCGCAGAAAACCUGAAAAAACAGUUCCCUCCAAGCUCUUUCAUACCUGUUCUCAUUAGGCUCUUCACGGAAUUCGAAACUCCCCCUGCAGUCUUGGAAUCAGCCGCUCGGGUGCUAACCUAUUAUGCCCAGAUUUUGCCACUAGACUGUUCCGCCAACUUAUUCGAAAUCGAAGGAUCUAUUUGCGCAAUAUGCAUACGCCUUGAAAGCAGUGACCUGAGUGUGCAGGUUGAGAAUGAUCUUGCGCAACAAAUAAUAAAACUUUUGGAAGAAUUGCUGCAUCGAGAUUCUAACAUCACAAAAAUUGCGAAGAGCAUUUCAAGUAUAUUUGAAUUUGUCUCUAGUUCAUGGAAGUUGCUGCAUGUGGACACUGUUCGCUCUGGCUUGUUUGUGGUCACCAGAUUGGCCAAUGUUCUGGAUUUAUGGAUGCACGAGGAACUGGCAACCCGGGGUACAAACUGGAAGUCAUCAGGCCCAACACCAAGUUUAGUUUCUUCCCUUCAAAAAUGGAUCGCUGGCUUUGUACAACUGAUUUCCCAUCGUGAUCUUCAGGUUUCCUGUGGUGGACUAGAUUGCCUCCAUGCAAUUUUCUGCGCAUGCAACCGUUUGCCACACUCAUGGUCUUUACUUGAACGAUUGACUUCAAAAAGUAACCUGGUCGACAGGUUUCUGUCUCUGCUCUCUCCAUCAUUGAAUAAAACUCAGAAGAAAAAGUUCAAAACGGCGCCGGAAUUAGAUGUAAAGGAUUGUGAAGACGAAACUACCUUCAUCGGAUCUUGUUCUGGUGGGAUGGAAAAGGACACAACUUAUUUGACAGGUCAUUUGGCCAUGGUCGUUGUGGAUUUGCUCUUGAAGUUGUGCCAAGGUCCAUCGAAAAUUUUGUCCACGGUUGCACAAAGCCCAUCCUUAUCCCGACUAUUUCAACAUGCGCUGGAAGCUUUAACCGAGAACUACAGGUCAAAGGAGGCUAAUGCACCGAACACCAUUUCCGAAACUGGCUAUGCCGAUGUGCUACUUCCAGCACUCCAUCUCUCCGAAGGAUUACUUAGUUUAGCAAUGAAUCUUCCCUAUGAACCGCUGAACAUCGGGUCUUCCGAACCACCCACCGAACCUUUCGAGAAAGAUGGGUGGGAGAACAGAGAGUCCAAGCCUGGCUUGUUAAAGCCAGUGGCUUUAAAUGUAAAACCAGCUAAGCAGAGUGCACCCGAGGAGGAGGAAGCCAGAUCUGUGUGGAGGACCUGUCUCAGUGCUAGGCUAUUCAGCCCCAAACAGGCUGAUCAGAUUUCCGGUUACGUACGUUGUGGCUUGCCGUGUUUGCCCUCGUUCACCUCUUCGUCCUCUGGAAACUCCACGAAUAGUAGCGGCAAUCCUCAGAUCAGUCAAACAUUAUUUCUUGCCGCUCGUCAAGGAUUUGAUCACCUUGGCAUAGCUGACGAUAGCAAAUUAGCUUCGGAGAGAUUCCAUUACUGGCUUACAAAUAGCAUGGCAAAUCGGGCUAACAUGGCGGAUCUAUUGUCAGUACUACAGUGUGGUCAAAUCAACGGAUAUUGGAUGGAUUCGGGAGGACAGCCUCUGCUUUCCUGGUCCAUCGCAUCUGGCCACGGAGCUGCUACCGUGGCGUUGUGUAAUCGGGGCGCAGACGUGAACACCGGACUCACUGGAUGCGCAAUUCACUAUGCAACGAUUUUUGGACAACUGGAAUGCGCGCGCAGCUUGUUGGGACUUGGUGGAGAGAAUGGCGGACCUUUAACAGAGACUUCAGUUGCAAAUCCACGAAUUCGUGACUGUUAUGGUAGAACUCCUGUUCAGCUGGCGAUGAAAGCUUUGGAGGCCGCAUUAGAGCGUGCUUCCCCUGCGGCCGACAAGUAUAAAGAUUUAGUCAACUUACUUCGUGAAGCGGAAGCUAGUAAGUCCUUGUACUCAAAUCAGCAUGUAACCGAACUAAUAAGAGUUUUACAAAUCCUUGCGAGAAGUAUCCGCUGUAGAACCGGUUUUAUCGUGCUCUACCAAAUGCAAAUACCGCAAAAACAAGAAUCUGACGAAUCCAACAGAGAGGCAGACAUAUGCCAUGGGCAAGCUUUGACGGAGCACUUCGUUCAAAUGCUUGUUCAUGCGCUCAGUCAGGGGUCCUCUGAAGAAGUGCUGCUGGCACUGACAAUGAUUACCGCGUUGAUAGAUCAGCCAUUCUUCCCGAUGUGGAUGCAUCGCUAUGGGAUCCCGGAUCUCUUACUGUGGAGGGCCAGAAUCUGUGAACAAGAACAACAGGAUAAAGUAAAAAAGCAUGAGCAACAGUCGAAGACCGAAAAACAGCAAAGAGAACAUGCAAAAUCUUCAGGAAAACCUAACCCUCGGGAAACUGUCCCAAUGUGUAUACCUCCAUAUAUAAAGAAGCCAACGCUUAUAUCUUUGGAACCGAAAGAAGUCGUAAGUUCAACUUCAAGCUUGUUUGAAUCACUUUGUCCAAAUGUGGCUCGUAGUCUCUUCGAUAUCCUACAGGUCACACAUCUUGCACAUUUUAUUUUAACCCAAAAGCUUUUCUCCAUGACUGUCGCUCAGCUAAGUGUAUUCACACAACACCGCGGAUCACGAUAUUUACUCUGUUCAUUUCAGCGUCCUUGUUUCCAAUGUAUCCAUGAAUUGGGAUACUGGCAAGCCUACAGCUUUGGUGAUUGGUAUCUAAUACGCCCGCGAUCGAACUCUUUGUUGAUGUUCCAUGAUUUCGCAGCUCUGUGGCUAGAUGUUACCGCAAAUGAGAACCUUGCCAGCUCCACCUGGACUCAAUCAGUUCUGAACGCGUUUCUGUUGACACGUCUUGACAAAGGAAACAGAUCAGAAAAUGUGCAGCUUCCUUUGCUGCCAACUGGACAAAAUAGCUCUGCGCUGACCACGACAGAAAACCCAGGAAUUGAAAACACGCAAUUCUCAUCACUGCCGUCUUCACUGUCCAACGAGACUUUGGACAACCUCUCUGUACACCAACUGAAGUGUGACUCGUCACCCGUGGACCGUACUGAGAUUGCAGAGGAGUUAUGGCACACUGUUUUGCCAAUCAUUGUUCAAGUCCGACAAAUGUUUUAUGGAAUGCUGCCACUGCCGCUCUUCAAGACAAAUCCACCACUGCGUUCCACAGCCAGUGAUCACUACCAAGAAAACAAGUCUUCACUGGGAUAUGGUCUACAGCUCACGAGUAUUAUCAAAAAUAAGGUUUUAACCGGGUGUCAGCCACCCAAAACUGAGGGGCCAAGUUCGGCAAUGCCUGGUUGUCUGAUGAGUCGAAUAAAUGCAACUGCCUCUUCUACCGAUCCUCAUUUAGCGGAGGACCACAAAUGUUCGGGGUUCACUGGAAUCCUGCAGGUUUUCGACAUUUCAAAACCAGCGGAGUUCAGAUCCAAUUGUCCGGAUGUAGCUAAUAAGAUUGCGGAACCUCUACAGAUAAACACAUCAGAGCAGUCAACUUGGGAAAAUGGUCCGCAAUCUUCGGCUGUCACUGUAUCUGUAAACCAACCUACUUCUUGCGAGAAUCACACAGAUGAGAUUUUGAAAGACGCUUUCAAAAAGGCACCCGGGGAACCAAGUUUGCAGCAGGAUUUACUUGUAGAUAACGUAGACGUGGACAACACUGCUGAGAUAACACCGUCAGCCACGGAAGUUAGUAGUCGGUCGCCAAAGACUCUACAGGCUGGCCAACAACCCCAUGCACCUCAUUCGGAAAAAUACAGUUUGAAUAGUUCGAAAAAAUUGGUGAAGCUCUAUGUUGGAUCUAUUUGCAUCUCUCUGAGCCCUCAAGGCCUAUGGUUAACAUUUACCCCAACUGCGAGUUUGAACUCCAAGUUUUCAAGCGUUAGGGAGUUCUUGAACACAGACUGGUGUGGUCAUCUUGAGUGCCGCAGCCAGUGGAAUCCAGACUUCAAUGUCAGUACCUGUUAUAACGAACAGCUCCCAGAGACGACGUCUGUCUCGGCGUAUUUCAAUCAGACUGUUGCCAUUCUGAAAAAAGGAUUACAGCGCACAUGUGCGGGUGACUUGCAAAAGUUAUCCAAAGGUAUCGGAUGGUUUCCGGAUCUAUCAAAAAUCCAGCAAGGUGAACAGUGCGAAGAAGGCAGAGCAGCAAUCAAGAUUUUGUGUCACCCAACACGCUUAGGAGGUAUUCGGGUUUAUGGUGCUUUGGAUAAAAUCAUUUAUCAAAGCGGACCAAUAACUAGAAGCUCAGGACAUCUGAGGUUGACACGAUUCUUGGAAAAUUUGAGUUUCACUCAGCGCCAGUUUGUACGGAACAAACAUCGUGAAGCUCGACUUAGAUGCACCCAGGAUACAAUUGCUCGAGUGGCAACCAUUCUAGCAAACAUUCUUAAGCAAAUCAUUGCAAGGAAGCAACAUAGUCGCCCGGGGAGUGUAUCAUCCAAACAAGACGGCUUAUUAAGUCCAGCAACAUCAACUCUGAAUCCAAUCUGCUUGUCCGAUUUCAUCGGCUGGUUUUCCCAGUCAUCUUACAAUUCAGAAAGCAAGCAACGGCCGGAAAUCGCGGAGAUCUUUCAGUUUCUGAGGGCUUUCGACCAAUCCACACCAUUUGAAAUCCUACAGAGUCAACUUAUCCCCCACAUGCGUGCAUGGUUUAAAAUUGAAAGGUACCCGAUGCCACUAACCCAAUUCGUCGUUAUACCAGAUCAGCUACUGACAAGAACCAUACAGUUGCGCCCACAGGCGUUAACCAUGGAUACGGAGUCAGUUUCAUUUCGGUCAGAAUAUCGCCGGAAGGUUGAUCUUUCGAACUACCAUUUGUAUGCGCAACCUCUCGUUACGGUGAGGCAAUUGCAGGAUUGGGUUGCGAACACUAUAAGAAAAAUUCCGUGGUACAAGGAUGACGUGAAACACAUGGGCUUCACGUAUGAUAUGCAGCAAUCACGCUACGGUGUUCAUCUGUUACCCCCAACUGUCGAUCCCGUGAGUAAAUUCGGAACUCGUUGGUAUGCUGAUUUUUCUAAUUCGAUGCGUUCUUUGUUCUGGUUUUUAGAGUUGGCCACAGUAGGAACUCUGGGCAGAAAAUUCCUCGGUGGAAUUUUCAAAUGGUAUGGAACUAAUGGAGGUCGACAAAUCAAGUGGGCGAAUCCUUUGAGACUUCGUGGUUUGGUGCGUGUGGUCACCUCUGACGUCGAUCUGAAUCAAGACCCGCACACUGUUGGUCGGCUGCUUGCCAAUCCCGUGCUAGAACAGCGCCACAUAUCGCGUAAAACACUAGGUAGCAAAAAAACUAAACAUCAGACCACGUCUCACACAUCAGUCAGACAAUACGCUGUUUUGAUUCGGCCUGAUCGGGAAGGCGCAUUUCCAAACGAGUCAGCCAGCUGGAUUGCUUUCGAUCUUGGGGUGUACAUUCAUCUUACACAUUAUUUGAUCCAAGUACCAUUACUUGGUGAUCGGUGGCCUCAUUUGACUGACUGGCAAGUACAAGGUUCAACCAGUGGGAUUUUGUGGGAAGUUCUGUCGGAACAUCACGUGAACCCGGCAGGCGACCCAAAAGCCUACUGGGGACCACAAGGCGAGAAAAUAUGGUGCCUACAAACUUCGCAGACGGAAACAGGCAUCGAAAUGGGAUGGCGAUUUAUACGAAUUCAGGCUUUACCAGGCUGUGGUCAGAAUAAACGUCUACAGUCCAGCAUGGCACUGCGCGGGAUAGAGUUUUUCGGGGUCGUCACAAAGCUGAUUAGGACGCAAGAUAAG